AUGACUGACUCCGUCCAGCUCGUCACUACUGACGACCCUCCCGUCACCCUCACCGUGUCCCGCGCCACCCUCGUCGCCCAGUCCAAGGUGUUUGCGGACUUGCUCUCCCUUCCCGUCGGCGACUCCUCUCCACCCUCCCUCACGCUCACGGAGACAAAGGCCGCUCUCGAGCCGUUCCUGAGCGUACUUACUGGCGAGACUGGCGACGACGCCAAGUAUCGCUCGCCAGACUUUUCGAACUGGCAGACUCUCGCAUUCCUCGCGGACAAGUACGACUCGCCCAUCGUCAGACAUGCAGUGGAGGCUGAGAUAUGGCGCAAGCUUCUCAGCGGUAAUUCGCCAAACGAAGCUUUGAGUCUCGCAACGUAUACCGGCCCGCCUAGCCUGAUCAAGACGGCCACUCUUGCCGCCAUCAAAUCAGGAUGGAAAGCUGGCCAGGUCAUUCUGGCACCUGGAUGGGAAGACAAGCUAGCAAGUCACGCUCCGCACGUCUGGCAAGGAUCGCAUUCACUGGCGCUUGGAACCCAGGCAGACUGGCUCACCCAGCUCCGGCAUAUUGCCUCUGACAUUGCUGUCGAACAUGCAGCAUUCUUGCCGUAUGUUCACGCGAAAUGGGGGUGCACCUGUUGCGGCGCGACGGAUCAUUCCCGCCGCGUAACCUGGCAGGCUCUGCUGUUCGCCAAGAUCUGUCACAUCCAUCCGGUCACUCCUUUCACAGCAGAGCAGGAAGAGCUACCCGGGAUCUGCGGUCGACACCAAGAGAAGUACAUGAUGGAAGCCGGACGCAUGAACAGCCAGUACAACGACAAGGCUCCUAAGUUUCCCGUCUAG